CCCGCUCCAGACUGCUUCCUGCAGCCGAAUUCAGGGGCAGGAAAUACCACUUGGUCCCUUUGCCGGUUGCCAAUGUUCCAGCUGACAGCCACCCCGGCAAGUGCCCUCGCGGAUGAACCCGUGCACAUCCGAGUGACAGGCCUGCCCCCACUGCAGACGGUGACCCUCAUGGCAUCUGUGAAGGAUGAGAAGGGGAAUCUGUACCAGUCCAGAGCCUUCUACAGGGCCAGCAAGGCUGGUGAGCUGGACCUGAAGCAGGCUCCUGCCUUGGGGGGCCACUACGUGGGGGUCCACCCGAUGGGCCUCUUCUGGUCUCUGAAGCCUGAGAAGGCUUUUGAGAGGCUGAUUAAGAAAGAUGUGAUGAACAGCCCCUUUUGGAUCACUCUGGAUCUAUAUGACUCCGUUUAUUUACAAAAGUCAGGGGAGGUUCAGCCCAGGGCCAGCCAGGUGGUGCAGCGUUGGUUCUCCAGCCCUGGGGUGCAGCGAGUGCAGAUCCGAGAAGGUCGUGUGCGAGGAGCCCUUUUCCUCCCUCCAGGGGAAGGCCCUUUCCCAGGACUCAUUGAUUUGUUUGGGGGCAUCGGGGGUCUAGUUGAAUAUCGGGCCAGUCUUCUGGCUGCCCAUGGCUUUGCAGUGCUGGCUUUAGCAUAUUUUGCCUACGCAGACCUGCCCAAGCAGUUGCAGGAGGUGGACCUGGAAUAUUUUGAGGAAGCUGCCAACUUGCUACUAGCUCAUCCCAAGAUCCAAAAGCCAGGAAUUGGAGUGAUCUCUGUGAGCAAAGGUGCAGAGAUCGGGCUGGCCAUGGCCUGCUACCUGAAGGAGGUGGCAGCCACCGUCUGCAUCAAUGGGUGCAAUGCCAUCUUUGAAUUUCCGCUCAGGUACCGGGAUCUGGUUAUAACACCCAUCCCCUCGCUUCCGGAGCGCAUGGAGUUCAACAUCAUGGGCGCGUUGUGCCUCCGUCACUACAAGGGGAACCCCCGAGAUGAACUCAAUCAACACAGUGUGCUUCCUAUUGAAAAGGCCCAGGGUCCGAUCCUCUUCAUUAUAGGGGAGGAUGACGAAUGCUUCAAUAGCAGAGAGUACGCUGAGCAAGCCCUGGACCAGCUGCGGAGGCACGGCAGAAACAGCGGAAGGCUGCUGCUCUACCCCGGGGCGGGCCACCUCAUAGAGCCGCCCUAUUCGCCCCUGUGCUAUGCGUCCUGGAGCCGCGGCCUCUUCUGCCCCCUGCUCUGGGGGGGGGACCCUGCUGGCCACGCGGCAGCCCAGGAGCACGCCUGGGGAGAGAUCCAGAAAUUCUUCAGGCAACACCUUGUUCAGAGCAGAAGCACACUCUAAGGGUGAUGAUAGGGGA